GAGUGGGGGACGGUGGGAGGCCAGGCUGUGAGCUGCAGGGGAGGGGCUCAGCUGGGUUUCCACGAAGCUGGGACCUUCUGAGCUGUUUGCAAUUUCACUUUCCAGAAAAUGAAACUGAAGCGGACAGUGGUCACGUGACCGGCGGCUGGGAAUAAAGGCAGCGCUUCCUCGACUCGCGCUUCCAGCUCCGCAGGCGCCGGCGGCAUGGAGUGUCCUUCCUGCGGCCAUGUCUCCAAAGAGGACGCUCCCAAGUUCUGCUGCGAGUGUGGGCGCAGGCUGCCCCCCGCUCCCGACUCUGAGAACGACCCGAAGGCGACAUCGGUGCCCGAGGGGGAGAAGGAGAGCGGACAGGAGCCGAAGGAGGAAGAUGACCCCCAGGUGACGUCGGUCCCUGAGGGGGAGAAGGAGAGCGGACAGGAGCUGAAGGAGGAAGGUGGCCCCCAGGCGACAUCGGUCCCCGAGGGGGAGGAGAGCGGACAGGAGCUGAAGGAGGAAGGUGACCCCCAGGCGACGUCGGUCCCCGAGGGGGAGGAGAGCGGACAGGAGCUGAAGGAGGAAGGUGGCCCCCAGGCGACAUCGGUCCCCGAGGGGGAGAGUGGACAGGAGCUGAAGGAGGAAGGUGGCCCCCAGGCGACAUCGGUCCCCGAGGGGGAGAUGGAGAGCGGACAGGAGCUGAAGGAGGACAGUGGCCCCUCCUCAUCGCUGGACUCCAGUGACCAGCAGGGAGAGCUGGCCCAGCCCAGCUCCCAGUCCUGGAAAAGCCAAAAAAACAAAAGGAAGAAGCAGAAUAAAAAGAACCGAAAGGCGUCCCUUUCCAAAGGGCUGGAGUCCCUGCCCGCCUCCCCCUCCACGCCUGGUAGCCUCCAAUCGCUGGCGGACCCUGGGGUCCAGGACGCAGCCCCGCCCCAGAGCCCCGCUCAGCAGGGCGGGCCCCCCAGCCAGCCGCUGGGCGGAGGGCGUCCGCAGGGCCGGGCCGCUGGGGCCGCCUCGGCAGGAGGGUCUCCAGACAGCACAGCACCCCAGGACCAGACCCCAGGAGGUGCCCCCCCAGGAGGGAAGGACCAGGAGAGGGCCGGGCCCCCCGCCUCCGCCAGUGGGAAGGAGGACGCUGCCCAGGAGCUCCCGCCGCCCACGCCGCAGGGGGACCCCUCGGAGCCCAGGAAUGAGCCGCCCGCCAUGGGGCAGCAGGCCGCGCCCCCCGCUUCCGGGGCGACUGAUGCGGCAGCCGAGCUGGUGGAGCCAGCGGAGGGGACUGAGGUCCAGAGUGAGACGCAGAAACCGAAGGAGAAAGCGAAGCAGAAAGCGAAGCCGCCCGGCGCCCCUGCCAGCGCCCCUGCCGCCCCCGAGCACGGCCAGGAAGCUGAACCCAAAGGCAAGGCUGCCGUUUCUGGGGAGAAAGCCAAGCCGGGAAACGUGAAGAAGCCCGACCGGGGCCACAGGGGCGACGCGGCCACCCCGAAGGGCGAGGGGGGCCAGAAGGAGCUGAAAGCCGACACGCAGGAGGUGCCGAGCAGCCCCCUGAGCCCCGGCGAGGGCGUCACGGUGUUCUUCCACGCCAUCCUCUCCAAGGACUUCAACUUCGACCCCGACCAGCACCGGCUGUUCAUCCGGGGUGGAGAAGAGCUGGGGACGCCAGGAUGGAGCCUCAACGUGUGCGAGCUGCACGUCGCCAAAAUCCUGGACUCGCACGGGGUCCUCGUGGAAGGCAGUGCCGUGCUGCCCAAGCAGCUGCUGGACCGGCCUGCGCCCUACAAGUACGUGGUCGUGAAGGGCAAGGAGGCCACGCUGUACGAGUUCAUCUACAAGCAGCAGGACAAGGAGAGCAAGCAGCACGUCAACCGCUGCCUGCACCUGCGGUCGGCGCUGCUGGGCUCCGGAGACUGGCACCAGUAUGACGACAUUAUUUGCAAGUGGCCCGAUGGGAAGCUCCGGGAAAUCAGGGAUUACUUUCUGAGCCAUUUCGUGGACCAGAUGAAGAAGAACGUGAAAGGGAAGCAGCUGGCGGCCUCCGUCAUGCUAGACCGCGUCCUCAGCGUCCUGCAGCCCUGGAGCGCCGCCAACCUGAGCAGCUUCUUCACGCAGUUCCGCCAGUUCUUCUCCGUGGUCAGCGAGCCCAUGGUCUAUGAGGCGCGGGCGCAGCCCUGGACCUCCCUGAACUACCCCAAGGAGCAGGUGAGGGCGCACCUGUGGGAGUGUUUGCAGAAGCACAUGGCGCCGUUCCUGGAGAGGCGCGAGGACACUCUGCCCCCGGACGCCCCCGUGAGGAGGAAGCUGAGGAUGGGCCUGAUCGCCCUGCACGUGGCUGAGGAGCUGGAGCUCCCGCUCUCGGGGCACGACCUGGGCGCCCUGUGUGACCUCCUGUGCGCCAGCACCAGCUCCGCCCGCGACCUCCUCGACGACCUCAGCUUCAUCUUUGAAACACAUCAGAGGUGGCGAGAGUACCUGCUGAGGCUGUGCCGCAGGAGCAUGGAGCUGGACGUGGGCUCCUGGGUGGGCAUCCUGCCCGUGCUCCACCUCUGCGCAGGGCUGCGCCCCCCGUCCCGGCAGCCCGGGACUCAGCCCGAGGACGUCUGGGCGGCCCUGGAGGGAAUCUCCUUCUCGGAGUUCCGGCAGAAAAGGGCACAUGAAAAGGAGCGCUUGCUCCAGUUCAUGGUGGGGAAGAAGCACCUGCUGGAUGCGGACGAAGCCCUGUUCCGGUCCUGGUUCAGCCUGCUGCCGCUGGGCAGCCUGGCCGCCUACCUGCAGGAGUUCACCGACCACCUGACUCGCUUUCCGGCGCGCGUCCUGGACUGUCUGCAGGGCACCUGCUACCGGCUGCAAGGACUCAAGGACGCCCACGUCCGAGACCUGGAGGCUGUUGACCUGACGCUGAAAACGCUGCUGCACCUGCUGGACAUGUUUCAGGACCGGGUCCUCGAGGCGCCCUCGGUGCCGUCCUACCUCACCGUGUGCCUGAAGCUGCACGAGGCCGUCUGCGGACUUGCCAAAGGCCAGAUGACUUACCAGCUGCCCGAGCUGCCCGCCUCGUCCGCGGAGAUCGUCUGCCGCGUCAUCAGGCUGAAACCGGUGGCGGACUCCGCAGAGGCGCAGGGCAGCGACUCGGGAACCAGGACCUCCGUGAGGGGCGUGGUCCAGGGAGCCCUGAGCACCACGAGGGCGUGGCUCGCAGGGACCUUCAAGCAGAAGAUGUUCAGCAGCUCCUAUGGCUCAUCCGUCAGGUUCACCUACAGUGAGGAGAUCCAGGUGAGGCGGCGGCUGGUGGAGAUCCCCUUCCCCGAGGAGCACGGCUGGAAGGCGACCUUGCUGGGGGACCUGGCGGCGCGGCUCAAGCAGGAGUCGCCGCGCACGCAGAUCUCCGCCUACUGCAGCCCCGACUGGGCGGCCGCGGGCACCGACGACAGCGUGUCCAGGUGCUUCGAGAACUGCGUCAUCGAGGCCGUCAGCUCAGCUUGCCAGUCGCAGCUCAGCGUCCUGGAGGGAGUCUCUCACAGCGACCUGCGGAGGUUCGGGACCCUCGUGUCCGCUGUGGUCACCAAGUCCUGGCCCAGGCGCCACGGGGAGGCCGUGGACGACCUGGCGGAGGUGCUGAGGUACCUGCUCACGUGGCCAGACGUCACGCAUCUCUUCAAGCUCUACGGCACCAACGAGAAGGUCCUGGCGCACAUCACGGAGGAAGGCAAGAAGCUGAUGGCGACGGCCGACUCGGUCUUCACCAAGGUGGCCGAGGACCUGCUCGACGGCGCCGUGCUGGUGGGGCAGCUGGAGCUGAUCUGGAGUCACAGGGCGCGGUUUCUUGACAUCUGGGAGCUGAAGAGAAAAAGUCUUUCGCCGCAGGAGAAAAAACACGAUAUGAAGAAAGUGCUGGACUACAGGUGGGAGGAGCUGCAGUUCCUGCAGGAGGAGCGGCGCCGGGUGGACAGCCUGCUGAAGCUGUGCGAGGCGGCCAAGCGCUGGGUGGCAGUGGACUGCGGAGAGAUCGCCAAGAGACACGCGGAGGACCUGGGCGGAAAGCGCCUGAACGAGGCGGUGAUGGCGCGGCUGUCCCCCACCUCCGGCGCCAUGGAGAGGGUGACGCACUACAACCUGAGCGCCCGCGUCGGAGAAAUGGCCGCGAGGGUGGACUCGCUCAAGGACAGCCAUAUCUUCCGGACCUUCUGGGCAGAGGCCGCCCGGGCGGAGGGCACGCAGGAGGAGGGGGAGGAGGCGGCGGGGUCGGGGCCGCUCCUGGACAUGGAGGGUGCCUAUGCCGCCCUGUACCAUCCCUGCCUCGCCAAGUUCAGGAAGCUGUACGAGGACCUGAAGGCCGGCGAGCUCACCUUUGGGGAAGUGCGCUCCAUCUUCAACGACUUUGUGGAUAAAUACGAGGACCUCACCUCCGACCUCCGCGUCAUGCGGGCCCUGGACCCCAGCGACCGAGGGAGUUGGAUCCAGGAGCGAGUGGGGCAGGUCAGGGAGUACCAUCACCUGCAUCGGUCUGCCAGGGCGGCCAAGGUCAUCUUGGAGGUCAAAGAGGCCUUGGGACUGACCGGGGACUUCAGUCUUCUCGACUUUGUACUAAGAAUUACCGACGCCUUCGAGAACUCUCGCGGUGAAAAACUGGGCCAGAUCGACAGGCAGGUCAUCCUUGCCAUCAAGCUGCUGCGGGACCUGGACGAGGCCCGGUGCCAGUGUCUGCAGGAGCUGGUCCUGGCCAGGGAAUUCACCCACUGGGUCCGCGAGGCUGUCGAAGGGGUCAACGAGCUGAAGGUGUUUGUGGACCUGGCGUUCAUCUUCGCGGGGGAGAAUGACAUGGACGUGGACCGCGUGGCCUGCUUCCACGACGCCGUCCAGGGCUACAGCUCUCUGCUCUACAAGCUGGACGCGAGCCAAGGCUUCCAGGCGCUCUCGGGACACCUGAAGGAGCUGUGGAAGGCGCUGGACAGCGACCCGCACCUGCCCAGUAAGCUGCGGGAUUCUGCCCGGAACCUGGGGUGGCUGAAGACGGUGAAGGAGAGCCACGGCUCAGUGGAGCGCUCCUCCCUGACACUGGCCAGAGCCAUCAACAGCAGGGGCACCUAUGUGAUCCAGGCGCCCGCCGAGGGCCAGCAGAUCUCCCCAGACGCAGUUCUACGUUUACUCCUCCCCGAGAGCCACAAGGGCCGCCAGGAGCUGCGCAGUUACUCCCUGGAGGAGCUGAAGGAGCUGAUGAACAAGCUGAUGCUCAUGUCGGGCAAGAAAGACCACAACAGUGCUGACGUGGAGGAGUUCUCCGAGGUGUUCUGCAACGUGCAGAGGCUGGUGCAGGCCUUCCUGAACCUGUACUCGGCCGGGAGCUUCCUGUUCCGGGCCUGGAAGGUGCAGGUGCACUGCGGCCAGCCCGAGCCCGUGCGCAUGCACUUCCCGCUGCCGCUGCUGAAGCCGCUGCAAGGGCGCGCGCCCCUGGCCCCGCUGCUGGAGGCGCUGUGCCGGCGGAUGGAGCGCUUCUUGGACCAGUGGGAGGCGGUCAUGGCGCAGCAGCGAGAGGAGCACUUUUACCUCAACUACUACACGGCCGAGCAGCUGGUGCACCUGAGCUCAGAGCUGGCGCGGCCGACGCCCGGGGCCACCGCCCUGGCCAUGCUGUCCUUCAUCAAACGCCAGUGCACCCCGCGGGACGUUGCGGAGGCCUUCAGGGACCCCCAUGGCGACGGCGGGGCCGCCACGCACGAGCUGCAGACAGUGAUGGAGAGACUGCCCAUCCUGCUCCUCAGCGAGCCCAGCCUGGUGGACAAGCUGGGGGUCAUCAUGGAGCAGUUCCUGGGGUGCAUGCGUGCCUUCCUGCCCCACUGCCUGGACCUCGAGGCCCUGGGCCGUGGCCUGGCGCGCCUGGCGGCCAGGGGCGGGCCCCCCGUGACGCGGAGGCUCCCCAAAGGCCUGCGGGCCGGCCAGCCCAACCUCAUCAUCUGCGGCCACUCGGACGUGCUGCCGGCCGCCCUGGCCGUCUACAUGCAGAGCCCGGAGCAGCCGCUGCCCACCUACGACGAGGUGCUGCUGUGCACGCCGGGCACCGCGUUCGAGGAGGUGGCGCUGCUGCUGCGCCGCUGCCUGAGCCCGGGCGCCCCCGGUCGCCGCGUGUACAGCCUGCUGUUCGCCGACCAGCUGAGCUACGAGGCGGCCCGCCGGGCGGAGGCGCUGCUCCAGGCCCUGCGCACCGGGCCGCACCGGGAGGACUUCCAGCUCGUCCUGGUCUGCGACAGCGAGCGGGAGCACUGCUACCUGCCCUCGGCCUUCAGCCAGCACAGGGUCCCCGCCACCCCCCAGGUGCCCCCCGAGGCCGCCCGAGCCUACCUGGCGCUUCACUACCAGGUCCCCCGGGGGACCCCUUCGGCCGCCGCCGCCUUCAGGGACCGGAUGUGUGUGGGGAUCGUGGCCUCGGCGAGAGCGGGUGUCGGAAAGUCUCUCUACGUGAAGCGAUUGCACGAAACUCUGCAAAGGAAGUUUCCUAGGAAGGAAGUGCCUCUCAAAGUCAUUCGCUUGAUGGACCCGCAGGUGGAUGAGAGCCAGGUCCUGGGCGCCCUGCUGCCCUUCCUGGACCCCAAGUGUCAGACGAGCCCCGCGAUGUUCCACCUGGACGUGACCUCCUCGGUGCAGGCUGGGGUCUGGGCGUUUCUCUUCAAGCUCCUGGUGCUGCAGCACUUAAUGGACUCAAACGGGAAAAUGUGGCUCCGGAGCCCGAGCCACUUAUACGUCAUUGAAAUCCUGGAAGGGCACUCGGCGCCGCCUACGAGGCCUUCCAAGCUGAGGACACGCGCCCCCCAGUUUAGUCUGCUGGACGUCUUCCCCAAGGUCACCUGCCGGCCCCCCAAAGAAGUGAUGGAAAUGGAACUGAGGCCCGAGCAGCACUGCAGGGAGCCGGGCAUGGACCCCGCCGAGUUCUGCAGCGAAACCUUCCAAAGACCUUUCCAGUAUCUGAAGCGGUUCCAUCAGAGUCAGAACCUGGACACGUUCCAGUACCAGAAGGGCCAGGUGGAGGGCACCCCCCAGGAGUGCCUGCAGCACCUGCUCUUGUACUGCGGGGUGCUCGACCCGUCCUGGGCGGAGCUGCGCAACUUCGCCCGCUUCCUGAACUGCCAGCUCAGGGACUGCGAGGCCUCCAUCUUCUGCGACCCCGUGGCGGUCGGGGACACGCUGCAGGGCUUCAAGAACUUCGUGGUGACCUUCAUGAUCUGCAUGGCGAGAGACUUCGCCACCCCGACGCUGCGCAUGUCCGACCAGAGCCCCGGGACGCAUGUGGUCGCCAUGGACGGGGUCACCGAGGAGGACAUCGCCCCGUUCUCUCUCCGCCGGCGGUGGGAGUCGGAGCCCCACCCGUACCUGUUCUUCAACGGGGACCGCAUCUCCAUGACGUUCAUUGGCUUCCACCUGGAGCCCACUGAGAAGGGCACCUUCGACGCCGUGGACCCCGCGAACAAGAGGGUGAUCAAGAGGGACGUGCUGACGAAGGAGCUGUACCAGGGGCUGCUGCUGCAGGGCGUGCCCUUCAACGUGGACUUCGACGCGCUGCCCCGGCACGAGAAACUGGAGCGGCUCUGCCUGGCGCUGGGCGUCCAGUGGCCCGUGGACCCCGACGAAACCUACGAGCUCACGACGGACAACAUGCUGAAGAUCCUGGCCGUGGAGAUGCGCUUCCGCUGCGGGAUCCCCGUCAUCGUCAUGGGGGAGACGGGCUGCGGGAAGACCCGGCUCAUCCGCUUCCUCAGCGAGCUGCGGCGCGGGGGCGCCGACGCCGAGACCCUGCAGCUGGUCAAGGUCCACGGCGGCACGAGCGCGGACAUGAUCUACGGCAAAGUCCUGGCGGCGGAGGCCCUCGCCCAGCUCAACAGCAGCGAACACGGGCUGGACACCGUCCUGUUCUUCGACGAGGCCAACACCACGGGCGCCAUCAGCUGCAUCAAGGAGGUGCUGUGCGACCGCACGGUGGGCGGCCAGCCGCUGGCCGAGGACUCGGGCCUGCACGUCAUCGCGGCCUGCAACCCCUACCGGAAGCACUCCCCGGAGAUGAUCGCCCGCCUGGAGGCGGCCGGGCUGGGCUACCGGGUGCGCGCGGAGGACACGGCGGACCGGCUGGGCUCCAUCCCGCUGCGGCAGCUGGUGUACCGCGUGCACGCGCUGCCGCCCAGCCUGGUGCCCCUGGUGUGGGACUUCGGGCAGCUGAACAACGCCACGGAGAGGAAGUACAUCCAGCAGAUCGUGCGGAGGCUGGUGGGCGACACCCCCAUCGGCCCCGGCGACACGCGCGUCAUCGCCGACGUGCUCUACGCCUCCCAGUGCUUCAUGCGGAGACGGGAGAACGAGUGCAGCUUCGUCAGCCUGCGGGACGUGGAGCGCUGCGUGCGCGUCUUCCGCUGGUUCUACGACCACAGCGCGAUGCUCCUGUCCAAGCUGCCCGCCUCCCACGGCCGGCCCGGCGGCGACAGCCCCGAUGACUCCGACGCCGAUUCAGACGCGGACUCCGACGCCGAGAGAGGCCCGGUGCUCUGGGCGCUGGUGCUGGCCGCCGGGGUGUGCUACCACGCCUCCCUGGAGAAGCAGGACGCCUACCGCCGAGCCAUCUGUGCGCUCCUCCCGCCGCCCUACGACAGCAGCAAGGCCGUGCUGGACGCCAUCACGCGGACGCAGGACCUCUUCCUGGAGGGCGUGUCUCUGAGGAAAACCGUCGCCAAGAACCUGGCCUUGAAGGAGAACGUCUUCAUGAUGGCCGUCUGCAUCGAGCUGAAGAUCCCGCUCUUCCUGGUGGGCAAGCCCGGCAGCUCCAAAUCCCUCGCCAAGACCAUCGUGGCGGACGCCAUGCAAGGCCCGGCCUCCCCCUCGGAGCUCUUCCGGAGCCUGAAGCAGGUCUACCUGGUGUCGUUCCAGUGCAGCCCGCACUCCACCCCGCAGGGCAUCGUGGGCACCUUCAAGCACUGCGCCCGCCUGCAGCAGGGCCGGGACCUGGGGCAGUACGUCUCCGUGGUGGUGCUGGAUGAGGUGGGCCUGGCCGAGGACUCGCCCCAGAUGCCCCUCAAGGCCCUGCACCCGCUGCUGGAAGACGGGUGCAUCGAAGACGACCCCGCCCCCCACAAGAAGGUGGGCUUCAUCGGCAUCUCCAACUGGGCCCUGGACCCCGCCAAGAUGAACCGGGGCAUUUUCGUGUCCCGCGGCAGCCCCAGCCAGAGGGAGCUCAUCGAGAGCGCCCGGGGGAUCUGCGCGUCCGAGCCCCUCGUGCAGGAGAGAAUCCAAGCAUACUUCCGGCCCUUGGCCAGCGCCUACGAGGCGGUGUGCGCGAAGCAGGACAAGGAGUUCUUCGGGCUCCGAGACUACUACAGCCUCGUCAAAAUGGUCUUCGCCGCCGCCCAGGCCUCCGGCCGGAGGCUCUGCCCCCGCGACAUCGCGCAGGCCGUGCUCCGGAACUUCAGCGGCAAAGACGAGAUCCAGGCCCUGGACAUCUUCGCCGCCCACCUGCCCGAGGCCAAGCUCCCCGAGGAGGUCAGCACCCUGCAGCUGAUCCGGCAGAACCUGCUCCGCGACCCCCGGGGGGCGCCGGGCGCGGGGCCGGGAGACCCCGAGUCCCGCUACCUGCUGCUGCUGACCAGGAACUACGUGGCCCUGCAGAUCCUGCAGCGGACGCUGUUCGCCGAGGACCAGCAGCCCGAGAUCAUCUUCGGGUCCAGCUUCCCGCGGGACCAGGAGUACGCGCAGAUCUGCCGGAACAUCAACCGCGUGAAGAUCUGCAUGGAGACGGGCAGGAUGGUGGUGCUGCUCAACCUGCAGAACCUCUACGAGAGCCUCUACGACGCCCUCAACCAGUACUACGUCUACCUCGGGGGCCAGAAGUACGUGGACCUGGGCCUGGGGACCCACCGGGUCAAGUGCCGGGUGCACCCCGCCUUCCGCCUCAUCGUCAUCGAGGAGCAGGACGUCGUCUGCCAGCAGUUCCCCAUCCCCCUCAUCAACCGGCUGGAGAAGCACUACCUGGACCUCCACACGGUCCUGGAGACGUGGCAGCGGGACCUCGUGCAGGAACUCAAGGCCUGGGUGGACCAGUUCGUGGCCGUCAAGGUGGCGCAGGGCCAGGCCCGCUACAGCCCCUCGGACGUCUUCGUCGGCUACCACGCGGACGCCUGUGCCUCGGUGGUGCUCCAGGUCAUCGAGCGCCUCGGGUCCAGGGCCCUGAGCCACGAGUGUUACCAGAGGGUCCUGGAGGACGCCAAGCUGGUGCUGCUGGACUGCGCCACGCCCGACGCCAUCGUCCGACUCAGCGCGUCCGCGCUAGGCCAGUGUGCCGCGCAGGCCCUGUCGCGAGAAUACUAUUCCAGGCAGCAGCACGACUCGUUUGCCGACUUCCUGCAGGCUCACCUCCACGGGCCGGGCCCGGAGCGCCGCCCCGUCUUCACGGAGGUCACCACUUUCUCCAGACUGCUCACCAGCCACGACGGCGAGAUGCUGGGGUCGGAAGUGAACGGCAGGGCCCUGAACCUCACCAUCCUGUCGCUGCAGCAGUUUGACACCGAGCACUCGUUCCUCAAAGAAGUUCGAAACUGCUUGACGAGCACGGCCGCACAGAAGAUCCUCAUCAUCCAGACGGACUUCGAGGACGGCGCCCGCAGUGCGCAGCUCAUCGCCUCGGCUAAGUAUUCUGCCAUCAAUGAAAUCAACAAGAUACAAGGAAAUAAGGCCUGCAUCUUUGUCUAUUUCAUCACGAAACUGUCCCGGAUGGAAAGUGACGCAUCCUACGUGGGGUUCCAUGGAGGGCUGUGGCGGUCCGUGCACAUCGACGACCUGCGGAGAUCCACGACCAUGGUCGCCGACGUGACACAGCUGCAGGACGUGACCAUCAGCCAGCUGUUUGACCCCCAGUCAGCUGAGAUGGGACGCGAGGCGAGGAGCGAGCAGGAGGAGGCGAUGGAAGUGGACACAGACGAACCCGUGGCCACGGCCGUGCGGGGCAUGGAGAUGGACCGUCCCGAGGCCCCGAGAGGCCACAGGCCGGCGCUGGACUGCGGCAGCCUCCUGCGCAGCUGCAUCCAGAGCGCGGUGGCCCUGCUGCGGGACCCGGACGGGCACGGCCAGCGCAACGUGCGGCGCGUGGAGAUCCUGCUCGGCCUCCUGGGCGAGGACGCGGGCGACGCGUGCAAAGCCUCCUUCGCGCGGGCGGCCCAGGUGCGCCUCCACGACCUGCUGCGGCGGCAGGAGGAGAGCUGCGUGUUCGGCAGGAAGGACUGGGUGGUGCAGGAGGCCUCCAACCCCGACGCCCUGCAGGAGGCCGGCACCUUCAGGCACACCCUCUGGAAGCGGGUCCAGGGCGCGGUGACCCCUCUGCUGGCCAGCAUGGUGGCCGUCAUCGACAGGGACAGCAACCUGGAGCUGCUGGCCAGGCCCGACGCCCCGGCCUGGGUCCGAGAGCUGUGGAUGUUCAUUUUCAGUGACAUUAACCUGCUGAACAUCCCUCUCGUGACCAACGACGCCAGGUCCAACAGCGACAUGGCCCACAUCCUGGUGCAGAGCCACGCGCACCGCCCGGGGGAGGUCUGCGGCGCCGUCCCGUUCAGCUGGCGGAUCCGCGACUACGUGGAGGAGCUGUGGGUGCAGGCGCAGUACAUCUCGGAGCCCGCAGGACCGGGGCCGGCGGCGAAGCUGGAGGAGAUCUUCCGGCAGACCCCGCUGGGCUGCUUCCUGGCCCGGCUGCGUGCGGAGGAGCGGCAGGAGCUGCUGUGGUCCUACCUGCGGGACUUCCUGCUCCUCACCAUGCGGCUGUCCACGUGGCCAGAACUGGAGCUCCUGCAGACGGCCCUGUGGUCCUGCGUCCAGCAGCUGAGGGCCGGCAGCCCCGAGGAGCCCUCCCUCCCGUGGGUGCACCACGCCUACCAGCACUUCAGGGUCCGGCUCCAGAACUUCUCCAGGAUCCUGACCGUCCACCCCCCAGUUCUAGACAGCCUGGCCGCAGCCGCCCGGAGCCAGAGCUUGGCCGGGCCCGAGAUGACCUUGGACGCCUGGGCCGCCGUGGCCUGCGCCGAGCUGCUGACCAGCGACCUCCUGAAGCCCAGCCCCCAGGCGUGGCUGCGGGCGGUGAAGAGCCUGGCGGUGCCCCUGGAGCUGCUCUGCUCGGAGGGCUAUGUGCAGGGCCCGGCGGGCAGGGCCGGUGGCCUCAUCCGCGAGGUCAGGGGCCCGUGGACGCGCAUCUUCUCCGUGGCGCUCUUCGUGGAGCACGUGCUCCUGGGGGUGGAGGGCCACUCGCCUGAGCUGCGCGCGCUGGUGACCGACUGCGUCUUCGCUCUGGACAAGUGUCUGCAGGGGAACUCGGACAUCAAGACCCUCCGCCCGUUCUCGGCGGUGAUGACCACGCUCUGUGAGUGUAAGGACCGGGCCAGCAGGACGUUCAGCCGGUUCGGGAUCCAGCCGUGCCACGUCUGCCUGGGCGACCCGCGCAACCCCGUCUGCCUGCCCUGCGACCACGUGUUCUGCCUGGACUGCGUCCGGCAGUGGCUCACCGCUGGGCAGAUGGCCUGCCCCCUGUGCCUGACGGAGCUGCCCGACGGCUUCUCCCCCACGGUUUCCCAGGAGACGAGGGGCGCCAUCGAGCAGCACGCCCGCUUCCGCCGCCUGUGCACCAGCUUCUUCGUGGACCUGGUGUCCACCCUGUGCUUCAAGGACAACUGCCCGCCGAGCAAGGACGUGGUCCAGGCGCUGCUGGCCCUGCUCUUCGUGGAGAAGACGCUGCUCCGAGACGCGCCCCAGACGCACCGUGAACACACCAAGUCCCUGUCCCCGUUUGACGACGUCGUGGACAAGACGCCCGUCAUCCGCUCGGUGGUCCUGAAGCUGCUCCUGAAGUACAGCUUCCCUGAGGUGAAGGACUACAUCCAGGACUACCUGUCGCUGCUGGAGCAGAAGCCGUUCCUGGCCCAGGACAGGACGGAGCUGUACGUGCUGUUCAGCAGCUGCCUGGAGGAUUCGAUCCACGAGAGGAACAGCGCGCUCCCCGCCCGGGACGAGGCCACGUGCCUCCGGGAGGAGGGCCAGUUCCUCGGGGCGUGUCUGCUCAGGGGGCGCCGCGGGGACCCCGCCCCGGAGGCCUCCGUGGAGUGCCUGCAGGAGACGGCCCAGAUCCGCCUCUGCCUGGACCGGGCCUGCGAGGUCCUCUCCGAGCUGCAGGGAGGCUCAGAGCCGGCGGAGGAGCGGCGGCAGUUCCUGCGGCAGGUGGAGCGCUUCUGCACGCAGAGCGGCAACGACUGGCACCGCGUGUACCUGGUGCGCAGGCUCGCCAGCCGCCGGGGCAUGGAGUUUGUGCAGAGCUUCCUGCGGCCCGGCCACCCCGCCCAGUGGGUGUUCCCCCAGGAGGUCCUGGUGCAGCAGGAGGACCUUCUGGGCCAGAUGGACCGCUACCUGGUGCACGGGCUGGAGUACAAGGCCGUCCGCGACGCGGUGGGCAAGGCCAUCCUGGAGUGCAAGCCCCCGGCCAUCGCGGCCGCCCUGGAGGCCUGCAGGGGCUCCCAGACUCACCAGGCCGCAUACCUGCUGCUGGCGCUCUUCCGCGAGGUGGCCGUGCUGUACCGGUCCCGCAGCGCCCACCUGCACCCCAAGCCGGAGCAAUGCAACGCCCUGUGCAAGUUCAUCGAAGAAAGCCAGACCCUGUCCCCAGACGCGAGAGAGUUCGCCACAGCCCUAGUGACCAACGCUCUGCCGCUGCUGAGGACGGCGGGGCCCGGAGACGGCGGCCUGGCGGGCACGGUGACCGAGCUGGCCGUCCACGCCGCCGUCACCCUCCUCUGCGGGCAGCACAGGAUCUUGGAGCCCCUGAGGAACUUGGCCUUCUCCCCGGCCACCAUGGCGAGGGCGUUCCUCCCGACGAUGCCCGAGGACAUGCUGGCGCAGGCCCGGGGCUGGCAGGGGCUGGAAGCCGUCCGCUGGUACAGGUGUCCCAGAGGCCACCUGUGCGCUGUCGGGGAGUGCGGCCUGCCCAUGCAGCAGAGCGUCUGCGUCGACUGCGGCGCGCCCGUAGGAGGGCAGGACCACAAGCCCAGCCGAGGAUUCACGGUCGUCCAAAACGAGGCGGACAGAACGCAGACGGGCCACGUGCUGGGAAGCCCGCCCCCCGGGGACGAGGCCGUGGCCUCUGACCGAGACCUGUCCCCUGCGGCCUUCCUUCUCGCCCGGCUCCUCACUCACCUGGCGAUGCUUUGGGGAGCGGCCCUCAGCCCCCAGGCGCUGACCGGCAUCAUCAAGCCCGUGGUGAGGGACCCAGGCGCCUUCCUGCAGCAGCACAUCCAGCGGGACCUGCAGCAGCUGAUGCGGACGCUGGGCAAGAGUGCGGACGACACGGCCCAGGUGGUGCACCUGGUGCUGUGCGUCCUGCUCAGGGAGCAGCACCCCCUCUCCGGCCAGGGGUCUUUCAGCUUCGAUGCCGUCUUGUCAACUAAACAGAAGAGAAACUCCUGGGAGAAGCUCCUGCAGGCCCUCCUGCUGCCUGAACUGGAGCGUCUGGACAAAACCCUCCUGGAGGUGAACGAUCGCAUCAGCCGGGACGAGCGCAUCAGCUCCGACCCGGUGGCCAGGAUCGUGCUGGGGGACCCGGCCGCCUUCCUGCGCCGCCUGCCCCGGGCCAGCGCACUGCACUGCUCCCGGGUGUGGAGCUGCCGCGCCCGCGUCACCGUGGAGCACCUGCGGCACCUGGUGGAGCAGAAGAACGGCCGCGAGAGCCUGCCUGUGCUCUGGAGGUUCCUGCAGAAGGAGGCAGAGCUGAGACUCGUGAAGUUCUUGCCUGAGAUCCUGGCCCUGCAGAGAGAUCUGGUGAAAUGGUUCCAGAAUGUUCCGGAAGCUGAGUUCCAGUCCAUCCGCGGCUUCAUUGACAGCCACGGCUCAGGAGGCCUGAAGCAGCUGCUCCGCGGCCGGGUCACGCUGUUCCUGUCCACGUGGAACAAGCUGAGGAGGUCGCUGGAGACCCAGGGCGAGAUCAAGCUGCCUGCGGACUACUGCCGCGCCGACCUGGACCUGGACGCCGAGUUCGAGGUCAUCCUGCCGCGGCGCCAGGGCCCGGGCCUCUGCGCCACGGCCCUGGUCAGCUACCUCAUCGGCCUGCACAACGACAUGGUCUACGCGGCGCAGAAGCUCUCGGAGGAGGAGCACAGCUACUCCGUGGACGCCUCUGAGGUGACCGACCUGCACGUCAUCAGCUACGAGGUGGAGCGGGACCUGAUGCCGCUGAUCCUUGCCAACUGCCAGUACCAAGUGGCGCAGGGCGGCGAGAGCCUGCAGGAGCUGGACCUGGAGCGGAUCCAGCGCCAGGUCACCGGCCGCUUCCUCCAGGGCAAACCCCGGCUCAGCCUCAGGGGCCUCCCCACGCUGGUUUACCGGCGCGACUGGAACUACGAGCACCUCUUCGCCGCCAUCCGGAGCAGGGUGCCCCAGAGCCCCCUCCCCAACGCGGCCGCCAGCACCCUGGGCGGGCAGCUGCAGUCCUACAGCGACGCCUGCGAAGCUCUGUCCCUCGUGGAAGUCACGCUGGGGUUUCUGAGCACAGCGGGCGAGGACCCGGACAUGGACCUGAACGUGUACCUGCAGGACAAGCUGCGCAUGGGCGACCAGACCGAGCAGGUGGCCAAGGCCCUGCACCUGCACCCGUGUCGGCUCUGCCACGUCAUCGCGCUCUGGCAGCUCCUCUCUGCUCACAAGUCUGAGCAGCUGCUGCGCCUGCGGAAAGAGCCCUUCAGGGAGAUCGGCACCAAGUACCGCGUGGCGCUCAGCCCAGGAGGCACCAAGCUCCUGCGCGCGUUCCUGAAGCAGAGCUGCCUGGACCUCUUCCUCCUGGAGCUCCACGAAAUGAUCCUCUUGAAACUGAAGCCCCCCCACACCGACUUCAACCCCGACUGGAGCCUGAGAGAAACUCUAGUGAGUUACAUGGAGACGAAAGAAGUUGACAUUCCCCCCGAGAUGGAGGGUCAGUUCCCGGAGGAGAUACUGCUCUGCCACUGUGUCUCUGCGUGGAAAACGGCGGCCUUGCUGAAGCGGGCGCGACAGGCGAGAUAGAGCCACUCCCUUUGCAAAGCUGCUCCCCCCACAGAGCGGCUCCCUCUGCAGAGCUACUCUCCCCCCCCCACAGAGCUGCUCCCUCUGCAGAGCUGCUCCCCCCCCCCACAGAGCUGCUCCCUCCGGCUGGGACUGCAGCCUUGGGACCAGCGUGUGCUCCGCACUCUCCAGGUGGUGACCACGGGUCCCGGGAGGUGGACACCAAAAGGGCCAUGGUGCUCACGGUCCAGGGGAGCAGAUGGGAACUGUGUGCCUCGGGCCUCCAGCCCCUCUUUCUCGGGCCACGUGGUCGGAGGGGGCAGGGCUACAGUUUUUUCUUUUAUUUCUUGUAACAUGCUCUGCUCUCACGGAAGAGCGGCGUCCUUCUCCCUCCCCCCUCCGCACUGAGAGUGGCAGCCUCUCCUCGGCUCCCGGGAGCAGAAGGUGCCAGGGCGUCCUGGCGUCAUGGACCUUGGGGCCAAACCAACAGGACCUGGCGUGGCCCGGCCCGAGCCCCACCCCCCACCCCACCCCACCCCGGGUCGGAGCACUGGACGCAGCCCCACGCUCUCAGGGGCUCGGCCUCCUCAUCUGCCAGAGGAAGGAGCCGGACCGGCGGCCAGGCUUCCUCCGCGUCUGGGCUUUUGAAACGGAACGAACGGGUGUCGAUGCCCACGUGGGUCCCGGCGCAGCCUGGCACCGCUGGGGGCGCAUGGCCCGGCGUUCGCCCAUCAGCGGAUCCCGUGUGACCUCAAGGUCCCCGCGGUCUCCGCCGAGGCACAAACAGACUCAGGGAGGACACGAGGCCGGGAAGCUUCCAGAAAAGAACCCGGGACUCUGGUCCCAGCCCUGCCCUCGUCCUGCUGUAGCUGGACGUGAGGUGCCAGGGCCUCUCUGGACUAGUUCCCACUCCUGGGGGCCCGGCACCCACGGCCACGGCCACGGCCACAGCCAGACAACUCAGGGAAAGGCCUUCGUGCACAUUCCAAGCGAGUGGGGCCUGUGGUGGUGAGAGCUACACAGAGCCGGAGCGGGACCCCUCAGCCCCACCCCCGAGGCUGCAGACGCCGCCCGGCCACCAAGUGCUUGGUGAGCGGGCAGUGGCCCAGCCGCCCUCCUUCGCCUGAGGCGCUGGCCGCCUGCACUCGGCCCUCCGAUCCUGCAAUCACUCCCGACCAUGCAAAGGCACCCCCAUGCCAUCCGCACCCUGGGGUGCAACUCAAUCAGGGAAGGGGGUGGCUUGCUCGGCCCUUCGCCUUGCACUUGGAACUCCCAGGAUCCUCAGGGCUAGGGUGACGCCGCCACAGUGGCCAUCAACGCCACUCGGGCUCCUUGCGGGGCCAAAGGCCCUUCUUCCUUUGGGGGGGUGGGGGGCGGGGCGGAGUGAAGGUUCGCCCCGCUUUUAUGAAGGGGUUUUAUGAAGACUUUUGUACGCGAUGCUUUCAAAGCCUUAACUGCCAUUGUCCAGCAUUGUCGUCUUUGCCUCAAAAUACACUGGCCGAGCACACACACAUGCAAGUUCUGUUACAGCCGUUACACCUGUUUAAUAAACUUGCAUUUUGAUCAA